UUGACAAAAGCUAUUCUUCCUUGGUCUUGUGGGUAAUUCGAGUACGCUGUAUUCUGGCCAGCGGGUUAUACAAACAUAAAUAAAAUGGCCGCUCAGAGUUCACACGUGUGCGACUUUGAAGGAUGCGGAAAAACGUUUGGUAAGGAGAUCCGACUGGUUGAACACAAGCGGAUGCAUACGGGGGAGAGACCAUGUGUAUGCCCCCAUGAAGGAUGUGACAAAUCAUUUGUGAGAUCUGUGCAUUUAAAAAGGCACUUGUUAUCACAUGAUGGAGAAAAAUUAUUCAAAUGCAGCCAAUGUGAUAUGUUGUUUAUAACAAAACACAAUUCCAAGCGCCAUGAACAGCGGGCUCAUAAUGGGCCCUUUAAGUGCAAUGUUGAUGGUUGUGAUGAACAAUUUACAAAGUGUAACCAACUGAAAAUUCAUCAGCUGGUUCAUACUUGUGAAAAGCCCUUUAAGUGUAAGGAGCGAGGUUGUUUGGCAUGUUUUAAUGCUCCAGGGAAACUGAGACGGCACCAAAAACGACAUGAUGAAGGCUCAGUGCCCUUCUUUCCAAGGUACAGGGAUGAUGCUUUUGCCCAUGACUGGCUGCGGAAACAUGUUUGUUCUCACAAAUGCAUUCUUUUCUGUGAGGGAUAAAGUAUGCAAAUGUCUCUAGUAGGACAAUUGUUUGGGUUUAAGGCCUUUGUGGCUUCACAGAGACUUGUACAUAGUUUCCUUUGUUGCUCUAGGAAAGCUUUCUCUGAGUGCCUUUCAACAGAAUGUGUCAAUCAGUACAAAGCUUCAACAUCAUACCCCCCUCCCUGGGUAACCCCACUGGGUGUUUGAACUUCUGAAGAUUGGUUUGUUCAAAUUCCCAUAUUCCUCGUCAAAAAAAAAAAAAAAGACAUUUUAUUCCAUUGGAAGGACUUUACAAUUCUGGUUCAAAUUCCCUGCCUCACCCGGGUAACAUUCAAAUACCCCACCCUUGAGAAUGCCUUUUUUUUCAAAUGUCUACUUCUUGGGCACAGACUAUAGUCAAGUGCCUGAGGGAGGCUGGGGGGGGGAGAGGUAUGUUGAAGCAUUGAAUUGAUUGGCACAACAAAAUCAAGAAAAAAAUAAAAUUUUAACCUCCAACCAAUACCAGUGAUUUUUACCAUUAUGUGGAAAGCUCAUUAAAGUGCUGCAAUAGUUGUGAGGAAUAACACUCUAUUCUACUUCCAGGUUUAAUUUUAUUGUGUGCUGCAAUUUGCACAUUUCUAAUAUAUUUUGCAAGUUAAAGAGUCACUAUUGAUAUCACUAAAAUGUUAUAUCAUGAAUUGGGUUCAUUUGAGUUCAACAAAACUAAGGGCAUUGUAAUUCCCAGAGACACCUGCCAUUAUAAAUCAUGGUCAUUCUGAAAAUUUUUAUGCUUCAUUUAAAUUACUUCCCAUGGAAAUUUUGACUUGUACUAUGUACAUUUUACUGAAUUUCUUCACAUGUCAAGUACCCUGUGAGACAUUUGUUCCCUAUAAGCUAUUUUAGAAGCCUGCAGAGGAGGCAUAAUUUUGGCAAGCAAUUGAGUGCUAAGUAUUUUCUUGGUGUACUUUAUAGCUGCCAUCUUUUGAUUUUUAUGGCAGAAGAAGGCUGGGGAGAGAAAGAAAUUUGUAUCGAGGGGGUGAAUGAUGGUCAAAGUGAAAGAAAGGGGAAGGGGAGGGGCUUUUACCCAACCCUCUCCCCCAUGGUCUACUCGAACUCUAAAGCAAACAUGGCUGGUUGAAGAAAUUAUUCCAAGCUCAUAACAAUAACUAGCCUGAAUAAGACAGUAUAAUAAGAUGCCAGGUUGUGUUUGACAUCUCGUCAAAGAUUUGUACAUUUGAUUAUAGUUACAAACUAAGUACAACAUUAUUAUUGAAUCAUUGUCUUGCAGGGUACUAUCAAGGCUCUGUUCUAAGAGCUUCAUGUAAUUCAUGCAUUAUGGUGUCAGCUAAGAUAUGCCAGUUUUAAGUUACACUCACAGUUUUGUUUGCUCUGAUACUGAAUGAGGUAUCUGAUAUUUUAUGUUUUCUGCCAAUCAGUCUACAAAUAACUACAAUUAUAAAUAUAAUUAUAGUUUUAUGUAUUAACUGUACAGCUGUGUUGUGAUUUAUUUUUUUCCUAACAUUAAAAUACCUCUGAUUGUGAUCAUUUUGGCCAAACAAUGUAAAAACCAGCAUGAAGAUUUUAAAAUAUGGCAUUAAGUAGACAAAUAUGUCUUCAAAAAGUACAUUGGUGACAGUUAUUCUUACUUAUUAUAAUGUGUACUAUAAAAUUUCAAAUAUUUUGUUAUCACCAACAAGUUAAGUUCACUAGAAAUAAAAUGUGAAAGAAGUAA